GGUAGAUCAUUCUUGUUGCUCUUGGCAUCCAGUUGUAAAAGCAUAAACUCAUAGUACACCAGCGUAGUCAUCAUCUAAGAAAUGCAUAACAAUAUAAUUAAAACAAAUCAAUAGCAAUUAAGAGCGAAACUCACUCCAAAGAAGCUUCUGCGUGUCAGGUGGAACAGACUCAAGCCGGAGAGUCCUAUAUACUGGCUCCUUAUCUGAUGGGUGAAACGCUGCACUUCCUCGGUCCAGUAAUCGCUGGGCACCAUAGUUAGCACCGUUAGGGGUAGCAACGAUGCUUCGUGAAUUCUGGAGGCGCACAAAAAGACGGCGCAGGUGCGGCCCAACAGAAAGAGCAAACUAUACCAGAAAUAUGCAUAAUUGACGGGAUAGCGUAGUUUGCUGUAAAACAUAUUCGAAACUAAGGAUAUCUCCUAGAAUGACUUGUGACCAGCAAAUUUUUAACUGGUGUCAUGCAUAGACGCAGGCGCUCCGUCUCAGUGUCCAAAUGGCCAGCAACAUGGAAGGACAGCCAGGUUGGAAAUUGCGGCACAUGUUCGGCAAAAAGCCGAAACAGGUGGAUGAAAAUUCCCCAACCAAGCAAACAGUCGAGGGGAAUUUCGAUUUCAAUGUUAUCAAAAGCGAGAAACCAACGGAUUAUGCUAAUCAAGAAAUAUUUCAUCGCGCUGUUUAUCCCAUCAUGUUGGUGGGUCAGUGCUUUGCGUUAAUGCCUCUAAGUGGCAUCUGGAACCCAAGUCCGCGUCAUGUUCGUUUCCGAUUCAAAUCUCUGCAAAUGAUUACCGCGCUGGUUUUCAUGGCGGCCGCCUCGGUGCUGACACUUGGCAUGCUGAAGCAUUUGCUUAGGAUUGGCGUUACAGCGAACAACUUUGUGGGCCAGGUGUUCUUUACCUGUGUACAGUGCGCUUGCAUUUUAUUCAUAGAUUUGGCGCGUCAUUGGCCUUCACUUAUACGCUACUGGACGCGCCAGGAGUUGGUCUUUACCAAGCCACCCUAUGAGGUGCUCAAAAGAAACCUCAAUCAGCGUGUGCGACAACCUGCUCUCAUCAUUAUAGCCAUGUCGCUGGUUGAGCAUAGUUUGUAUCUUGCCUCUGCAAUAGUUAGCUAUCAACAACGCAUACAUAUCUGUUCCAAAACUCACAAUAGUACAGUAGACGCAUCCUUUGACGAUUAUAUAAAAAACAACUAUAUAUAUGUGUUCCAAGUGCUGCCCUAUAACCGUUUCAUAGCUGUCUAUAUUCUGCUGGUAAAUGGCACCUGCACUUUUAUAUGGAACUACAUGGAUCUUUUUAUCAUGAUGAUCAGCAAGGGCUUGGCCUAUCGCUUUGAACAAAUUUCGAAGCGUAUUCGCCAGCUAGAGCAUGAGAAUCAGGUGCCGGAGACCACAUUUAUCGAGAUACGCGAACACUAUGUACGCAUGUGUGAGCUACUGGAGCGUGUGGAUAAUGUUCUGUCCAGCAUCAUUCUAUUAUCCUGUGCGAAUAACUUAUAUUUUAUAUGCUGUCAGCUGCUAAACAUAUUCAACAAAUUACGUUGGCCCAUCAAUUAUGUGUACUUCUGGUACUCCGUGCUGUAUCUGGUGGGUCGCACAGCUUGUGUGUUCCUCACAGCAGCCACCAUCAAUGAUGAAUCCAAGACUGCGCUGACCGUGCUGCGUCGUGUGUCCAGCAGGAAUUGGUGUGUCGAGGUGGAACGCCUGAUAUUCCAAAUGUCCACACAAACGGUGGCAUUGUCCGGCAAGAAAUUUUAUUUCCUAACACGCAGGCUACUUUUUGGGAUGGCCGGCACUAUAGUUACUUACGAGCUGGUGUUGUUGCAAUUCGAUGAACCCAACCGCCGCAAAGGCUUGUUGCCCUUGUGCGCCUGAAAAAUGGCAACAACAAUUAUAAUUUGUCAUGCCGGCUGACAGUCGCCCAC